CCACAGCACAGAGUGAAUCCAGAGCCGGCAGUGCCUGAUUGCGCUAACCCAAAGAUCCAUACAGGCAACAUCAAACGCUCGGCUCUCCAAAGAGGACAAAAGGACCAGGUCAACCUCAAAAAAGCCCGCACUGGACAAGUGAGCAAGGGUCAAAUUCUAUGAGUGGAAUUCAGGCAUAGAACAAAUAUUCACCUUCAGCAGAGCAGCAGCUGGUCCCGAACUUGAAAGCAGGAGAGGGAAGAGGGGCUGUACGGCAAAAAGGAGCAGAGAAAAGUGACUGGAAUGAUAAGAUGAGAAGGCAUGUUGUGCUGAAGCUCUCCCCUAAUGAGGCCCUUCUGGAACUCCUGCUUGUGUUGUUGCUGGGGUUGCAUGCCCUGGCCGUGUGCCCCUCCAUGUGCUUGUGCGGCCGCAGCCACAGGGAGGUAGACUGCUCAUGCAGGGGUCUGAGACAGUUGCCCGAUGGUCUGCAGCACAACAUGCGCUCCCUCAACUUGUCCCACAACCGAUUCCACAACCUGGACGGCCAGCUCACUGCAUACACCCAUCUCCGCUUCCUCGAUUUGUCUCAUAACCGGCUGAGCCACCUGCCCGCCGGCUUGCCCCGUUCCCUCUGGCAGCUCUACGCCGCCUCCAACCGCCUCCAGUUGCUGGACAAGAACGACACGGUCAACCAGUGGAAUCUGCGACUGCUUGACCUCUCCAACAACAAGCUGGAGCGUGCCAUCUUCAUCAACAACACACUGAUCAAUCUGUGCACUCUCAACCUAAGCCACAAUCAAUUCUGGACUUUGCCCACCAACAUGCCAGUAUACCUGGAGAAUAUUGACCUGUCCCACAACUUGCUUGUGAAGGUGCUGCCGGGCUCUCUGGACCGGCUCCUCAGAGUAACUCACUUCUAUCUGCAUGCUAACCGCUUUUCCACGCUGCCAUUUGGAGUGUUGGACAAGAUGACAUCAAUUAGAGUCAUCACUCUGGGCGACAACCCUUGGGACUGUCACCUUUAUGCCGACAUCACCUACUUACUCUCCUGGACUCAGCACACCCCUGCCCGCGUCCUGGGCUGCCCCUGCCACACCCAGCCUGUCUGUGGAGGGGUGCACCCUGGCAAAGCUGGAGGUUGGCACUUUGCUUCCUACAACUUACCCCCCCUUGCAGCGAGUGGCCAGGACCUGAGCUCCAUGCCCCCUGACACCAGUGUGACAGGGUGGUGGUACUCUGUUUCCGCUCUGCAAAGCACCCCACACACCCCCAAAGAGAUCUUGAACACACAGCACGUCCCUUUCACAGCCACACCCGUGAGCAUCUCCACCCUGCGACCCAGAAGCACAGGCACACACCUAACUAUUAAUCACCUCUCUGCAUCUGCCACCACAGAGCACAUGCUCCGCACUGAUUCCCAUCUCAUCUCUGGCACAAAGGAAGGCUCAUCCAUUGGCACUGACACAUCCUCUUUUUCUGACACGAGCUUCAUUACUGAAACAUCCAUUACGGCUGACAUGGCGGUGGCCUCAGACAGUUUCUUUACAACAGAGAGCCCCUCCAUCCAAACAAAGAAGACAACCACUCUUCGCACCAGGAGUGUGAGGAGGAAGAACCAGUCCCAUCCUAGCGGCAUCAGCAACAGAAGCCCGACUCUUGCUAUCUGCUCCUCGCUCCCUUUCCUACACAAGCUGGGCCUUCUUUCUAUCAUUCUGCAACAAGUCCUCUGAAAGACAAACACUAUGAAUUCACCGCACAAACAAAUAGGGCACACACACAACUGUUGACACCUGUAGUACUGUCAUGGAUUGUAUAUUACCAGCUUUUUUUUAGCAAAAGGCCAUUUACAAUACAAAUGCGUCAUGACAAGUUUAACAAUUCCUGCUAUUCUGAAUAUGGUAUCAUCAUCAACUUUUUAUUCCAGACUCAAUGUCCAUUCAGAAGACACAGACAUGACAUACAACAUACAUUAAAAAGAAAAAGAAACAUAUAAAAAGAAAUAAAUGAUCUAUGAUGUUACUUUUAUAAUAACUGGUUAAAAAGCAAUGCAUUAUCUUUUCUAAAAACAUUUUUUACAAGCCUCCACUUGAAUAAAAAAACAAACAUUGUAAUGCGUAUAGCUAAGCACAUGAUGGCACUAUACAUUCAGGGACUAGUUUAUUAUGAAUGUAGCCUGGUGCUCAUCUGCAACUAAAGUCUACCCAUUUCAAUGCAGUCCAGUACCCAUUAUGAUCUAAAAAUGAUUCUGUAUGUUUUAUUUUCCCCAUUUUUUUAAUUUAUACUAUUGGCAGGAUCUGUCUUAUGUUGCUUUGGUCAUAUUGUGGCCAUAUGUUUUUUAUUUUAUUUUAUUGCAUUGGCAUUCAAAAAAGGUAUUAUACUCUAAUAUCUAAAUCUUGACUUAUUUUGAUUCUCUUGCCUUUUUGCAUAGAUGUCCUUGACGCCUGCCUGCUUGUUUCACGUAACAAACCAUGUCACUUACCAGCUGAGGACAGGGUGUAUGUUAGAAACUGGUCAUGACAGGAAAAAACAGAGUUCUGUGGAGUGGAGGGGAAACAAAUGGACAAUGUUGCAUCACUAUCUUUAACAAAGUCUGAGUGCCAAGUACUGCUUCUGUAUUUUGAUCACAUCUUAAACUUAAGUGUCCUUCAUGAUUCAGUGACGCUCGUGAAAAUGAUCUGCAUGGUGAUUGAACGUUCCAGGAAUGCUAACCUACUGCUAUAUUGCCGCAGAGCAUAAAAGCACAGACAUUCUCAUCUUAUUUAUAUGAAAUGUUAAGAUAUUCCAAUCUCGAUUGCAUUAAGAGUAGAUAACAGUGAUGUGCCAGCCUAUGGGUUUUUACAUUUUAGAUAUACCUUCGAAUAUGGUACCAAAAGGUGCCAAAAUGGUAGGAAAGGCAGCACAGCAAGAGGCAUUUGAUAGUUUUAGAAGAAUACAGUGCCAGGGAAUCACUUCUCCAAGGCCAUUUCUGUAUGGUACAAAUAAAACUGAUGAGAUAUUUACACCUUUU